AUGGCUUCUGAAUUUUUCCCCGGAUUAUCUCAAAAAUUUUCUCAAUUGCUUGAAGAUUCAGAUGACUAUGAUAUUAUUAUCAAAGUUGGAGUGGAUCCCAAUACGAGAAAAUUUCAUGCACAUUGUAAUAUCUUGAGAGCUCGCUCACCUUAUUUUAAAAGAGCUCUUACACAGAAUUUGGUUACAGAUGAAAAUAACUUUUUCAACUUUACUAAACCAAAUAUCUCUCCUACUGUCUUUGAAAUGAUAAUUAGAGAGGAAACAAUCGGUAAUUUAGGUGAUUGGAAUAAAAAGGACUUCUUGGCUUUGAAAAAUACACUGAACCAAUUUAUCAAACAUAUUCGAUUCUUUGAAAUUUCUUCUAAUGAUUUUCAUAGUAAGAUUUGGCCUUUUAGGAAGGUGAUACCUAAAUCUCUCUUUGAAGAUAUUGUUUCAUUUCAUAUGUCAAAUACUGAGUCCACGCAAAAUAAAUUGGCUCCUCGUUAUAAUAAAAUUCCUAUUGAUUCAAUGAUCAUCAAACCAAAACAUGCGGCUAUCCUUGCUAAUUGGAUUCAAAGAAAAGAUUCUAAUGCAAGAAUUCCAAAAGAUAUUGAUUUUACUUUUAACCUUAUUUAUCGUGGAAGUAGAGAUGGCUAUGAUAUCAAUAAUAUACGAAGUAUGUGUAAUGGACAGGGAGCAUGUAUUUUAUUUAUUAAAAUUGAAGAAAAUGAAACAUUAAUUGGUGGUUAUAAUCCUAUUGGAUGGAAGUACAAUGAUAUAAAUAUUUAUCAUCGAGUUAAAGGUAGAAGAGGUGCAUUAGGUAGAAGUGUUGCAUUUAGUAGAUUUCGUGGAUUUAGACAUCGUUCUCGAUUUGAUAAUUCUCUUAAUAAUUAUUGGGCUAAUACUAUCGAUAGUUUUAUUUUUUCAUUAGGUGAUGGAAAUAAUUUGAAAAAUUUUAAGAUUAGUCGAGUUGUCAAUAGUAAAUCUGCAAUAUAUGAAUCGAAUUAUCAAAAUAUACCAUUAAAUUUUGGCAAUAGUGAUUUAGUUGUCAAUGGAAAUGUUGGCACAUGCAAUCAAGCUCGAUAUGAAAGUCAAAUUUUAGAUACAAACAGUUUUACUAUUGAAGAAAUGGAGAUUUUUAGAUUUUAUAAAAAUGAAUAA